GGAGAGAGCGCCAGGCGCGCACAUAUUAUGGGUACCGUCUCGUUUUUAACGUUGCCUCUUGGUUUAGUCUAUCGUGACGAAGCUACGGUUUGUAGUCAACCCGAAUAAAUGAUCAGUUACCGCUACUGUCGCUGACGUUUACUCGCGGUGACCUUGUAUCUUCCUGACUCGGGGAAAAUUCUUAAUAUUUUAUUUAAUCGUCAGUCGUUAGUCUGCCUUCCUGCAGUCUGUAGUCGGUCUUCAUCUCCAUGGCUACCUCUGAUGUGCUGGAUGAGUCCUGCGUGCGGCGGAGAGGAAGAUCUCACAGCGACCCAAGCAUCAUCAUUACCGAGGCUCGCGCAGCCGGAGCUCCCGGGGCACAGCGUACUGCAGCAGUGAUGGAGCAGCGGCGGGGAGCAGGCGCUCCUGGGGGUGUGGUCUCGGGGGUGAGGACUCCACCGGUCCGGAAAAACAGCAAGCUGGCCAGUCUAGGGCGCAUCUUCAAACCCUGGAAGUGGAGGAAAAAGAAGAACGACAAGAUCAAGCAGAAUUCCACAGCUCUGGAGAGGAAGGCAGUACCACGUCAGACACCACAGGAGCUGGCCAGGAGAGGCCUGGAGACAGAGCCAGAUUGCUGUGAGGCGUGUGGUGGCGGAGAAGAUGCUGACACUCCCAGCCAAUCAGACGCAGAGGAAAGGGAAGAGGAGGAGGAGGAGCCUCUAGCACCCCUGGCGACCACCUCAGAGGACCUGGUCAGUGAUGAAGACAACCCUUCUACAGCUGUGGAGCUGACAGAGGACACGAUGACGUUGGCUGAUCCGAGCCAGAGUGAGGAGGUGGGGGGGGAGGAUGCGUCGCUCUGUGAAGCCUGUGUGGACCUCUCCUUGGGACAGGCUGAGACAGGAGGACAAGAGGCCCCCCAUGCCCAACCAGUGGACCCUCCACGGGACCCCCCACCCCGCCGAGCCGGCACCCCCCCACCCCCCAACAUGCCCAAACUAUUGACCCGGCUUGGCAGCCUGGAGGGUCCUCAUCCGUUUGCUAAGUCAGGGCCUAACACAGAGAGGAAGAAGUCUCCAGCCACUCUCCCCCGAAACUUUACCUUGCCCAGAACUACACAGGGUUCCUUGCUGAGAGGACGAAUCUCAACCCCAACUGGUUCCCCUCACCUGGGGGCACUGCACCCCCCACCAACGCCCAGCUGCAUCAUCGAGGAGCUACACCGAGCCCUGGCUACCAAACACCGGCAGGACAGUUUCCAGCCAAAGGAGAUGCGCUCAUCUCCCAAGCGUCGCACAGAAGGUCGCCUAUCACGGACGGCCAGUGUGGAGAAAGAGUCCGUUGGAGGGACUGAGAGAGAGAAGGAGAGAGAGAAGGAAUCAGACGAGAACAAGGAGAACAGACGUCUUGAUGAGUUCUACCAUGAUCCUGACCGCUGGAAUGAUUCUGUCAUCUCUGGCACCUUGCCUCGACGGAUACGUAAAGAAUUGUUAGCUGUAAAGCUUCGUAACCGUCCCAGUCAGCAGGACCUAGAGGACAGAAACAUCUUCCCCGUUCGCUCGGACCUGGAGAGACAGGAGAUACGACAACAGAUUGAGACCAAGCUAGCCAAGCGCCUGAGCCAGAGACCCGCGGUGGAAGAGCUGGAAAGUCGGAACAUCCUCAAACAGAGGAACGACCAAUCGGAGCAGGAGGAGAGAAGAGAGAUCAAACAGAGACUAAACAGGAAGUUGAACCAGCGUCCCACUGUGGACGAACUGAGGGACAGGAAGAUACUGAUCCGUUUCAGUGAUUAUGUUGAGGUGGCGAAGGCUCAGGACUACGACCGGAGGGCUGACAAACCCUGGACACGACUGUCCGCCUCAGACAAGGCGGCGAUACGGAAGGAGUUGAACGAGUUCAAGAGCAAUGAGAUGGAGGUUCACAAUUCCAGCAAGCACCUGACAAGGUUUCAUCGACCGUAGUGUAGUGGUAGUUUCUUCUGUGAAGAAGCACCAGCUGAUUGGUGGUCCAAUAGUCUGUAAAGACCAUGUGACAGACUCCUGUUCCCAAGCUCCGCCCUCGGCCACACCCAUAUCGACCAUGCAGUGACACCAUCCUGUCUUGAUAUGUGGGUCUCUCCCAGAUGUUCAACCUACAGAUAUCCGUCUGUCUUUGUGCCAACUUCGAGGCUUCCUGUCUAUCAACAUGGAGGAGCUGUCUGUCUCUCUAUCAACAUGGAGGAGCUGUCUGUCUCUCUGUGUGUCAACAUGGAGGAGCUGUCUGUCUCUCUGUGUGUCAUCAUGGAGGCUAUGUCUCUAGACCUGGAGGCCUAGUAAAGAUCACAGGAAAAACACUGGACUGAAAAACUCUUAAAUAAACUCUUAAAGGAACUAUCAAAACCUCUCAUUAUCUCAGCUUCUCUGGUGACUGUCUCCUGGGUGUGAGCCAAUGACAAUAAGGAGAAUGAAAGAGGCAGUUACAUUUGUUAGUUCACAACUUGUUUCUCUCAAAUCACUCCAUACAAGCAGUCUUACAGAAUCAGAAUAAGAAAACCUUAUUGCCAUGCAACACAUUUUUCUAACAAAUGAUAGAUGGUGUUGAUAGUUGGUGUUGUUUACACAAUACUAAGGAGCAUCCUUAGAAGAUGGUUAAAAUGUUAUGUUGACAGUUUCAACUCUGGACUGCUGGAAUAGAAUAACCUGAUCCAGAAAAUGUCACCUGUGAGUGCUGCUUGUUUUAUUUUAUUGUGUCGUUGAACCAGCUGGAAAAGGAAUGAUGAGUUGAGUCCUCAGUGGAACCAGGUGGAACCGUUCUGACCUCUGAUCACACUGUUCUGUUUCACCCCACCUAUCAGUCUGAUGUCGCCUCAAUGAAACGGUCUGAUGUCUCCUCAAUGAAGCAAUCUGAUGUCUCCUCAAUGAAGCAAUCUGAUGUCUCCUCAAUGAAGCAAUCUGAUGUCUCCUCAAUGAAGCAAUCUGAUUUGUCUCUUUGUUGAAACAGUCAGAAAUGUCUCUUUGUAUCCAAUAUUUGACAAUGUGGGUAUUAGUUCUACCCAGCGAGCCUGAUAUGUACAGUGAAACAGAAUGGUAGACAGUGAUCAGGCUACCUCUAACUUCUCAAAGGAACAUCUCAUCUGAACAGUUUUUCUUUAAAACCUUGUUUCUACAGAGAAGACGCCAGAUUGGGUUCUAAAUAGCAACCUAUUCCCUUCACUGUGUACUAGUUUUGACCAAGGGCAAUUGGGAGUAGUGUGCCAUUUGGCAAACACAUCCUGAAGGGGACAACUCCAUGUCAGAGGACACAGAAGACUCUGGGUUGUGUUUUACCAUCCUGAGACAUUUUUUAUUCCAGACUGUGGAAGCUGAGCGGACAGCGGCCUUGUUGAGAGGAGGUGCAAUGGAACCAACAAACCCUCUCCUUUCCACCAACAUCAGUAA